AAAAAUCACUUUUUGUUUGUCACUGAUUGUUUAUGUUUGUAGUUGUUGUAGAGGAGUGAAGAGGUCGUUUCACUUUCUCGUUCUGAAGAAAGCAAAAAGGCAAAAGCCGAUUUUUUUAGGGAUUCAUGAAGGCCAGCUGAUGUAUGGUUUCAUUUGAAAAUUUAUGAAAGUAACUAGAGCCGAUGGAAAAAUAAUUUCCCCAAGGGUAUCAACAUCUCGAGGAGUGCAUACAAUGAGUUUGAUAUCUGGGUUGACCUCUGGUCCCUCGAUACAAAAUAUCAUAACACGUUGGUGAUAGAAGGGGUUAUACUCAUUUCAAUGUGAAACUCUUGGAUAAUUGGGACAAUUUGUUGCUCGCCAUUUUUAAUAAUUCAUUGACAUUAAUUGAGAUUUUUAAUCGUCGAAAUAUGAGUUUUAUGAGUGGAGUUGAACCUCUGCUCGAUAAUACUACUGAAUUGACGGGGGAACAUCCACCUCAGAGGUCUCCUAAUAAUGGAGGAGCCGGAAUUUUGGGAACUAUUUUCUUGAUUGUGAAUGCCACCCUCGGAGCGGGAUUGCUGAAUUUUCCACUGGCUUUCGACAAAUCCGGGGGGAUUUUUUCUGCUGUUAUCAUCCAGGGGAUCUUCCUGGUGUUCAUAACGACAGCUUUGAUAAUCCUGGCAGCUUGCAGUGACAUGACAAAUACUUCUUCCAUGCCGGAUACAUUAGCUGGUUUGUGUGGGCCAAAAGCCCUCAUGAUCUGCGGAAUAUGCGUCACGAUUUACUCCUUCGGCUGCUGCUUGACAUUCGUCAUCAUCAUCGGGGACCAAUUUGACAGGGUAUUAGCUACUUUUUACGGAAUGGAUUAUUGUCAUCACUGGUUUUUAUCGAGGAAUUUCAUCACAACUGUUAGCUGUAUAAUUUUUAUUCUACCCCUGAGUUUUUUCAAACGUCUGGACGUCCUCAGCUACGCCAGCACCGUGGGGUGUCUCACAAUUAUUUAUGUCACUUGGCUAGUCAUCUACGAGAGUAUGACGACUGAGGAUUAUCCAAAACCCACGCAAAUCUGGCCAAAAAACGCCACUCAAGCACUCCAGAUAAUUCCCAUUAUUUGUUUCGCAUAUCAGAGUCACAUGACAGCGAUUCCCACGUACGCGUGCAUGAAGGACAGAAAUCUCCGGAAGUUCACGAUUUCAUCGAUAAUAAGCAUGUCCAUCUGCUUCAUCGUCUACACAGUAGUGGGAGUAUUCGGAUACCAGACAUUCGGAUCAGGAAAAGUACCAAGCGAUAUUCUCCAGGGAUACACCGACGAGAGCAUUACCCUGGCAGUUGCUAUCCUGGCUCUGGCAGUAAAGAACUUCACAACGUACCCAAUCGUCCUCUUCUGCGGGAGGAACUCCCUCCUGGGGCUCUUCCCCUCUGACAUUGAGACAAAUCCCACAAUUCGAGUUGUCGUGACACUCCUCUGGUUCGUUGCCUCUCUGGUCCUUGCAAUUUUCGUCCCGGACAUAUCCCCAGUGAUAAAUCUCCUGGGUACCCUCUCAGCUGCCUUCAUCUUCAUCUUCCCGGGGGUCUGCCUCCUCCAGAGUGUCCUGAUAAGAGACCCCUCUCUGUACCUGAAUAAAAAUCGUUUCUCCACACUUCUGGCGAUAGUGAUAACAGCUCUAGGUGGAUUCGUCGCUGGAUUUGUCUUCGUAGAGGCUCUCGAUGAUCUCCACAAAUCCCUUCCUGAGAAAACACUCGUCACGGGACUCCGGAGGGACCUGGGGGCCAGUCUCUGCGCCUAGAUCAUCAAUUUAAUCAACUGUCCACGAUGAUCGUUAAUACGAUGAUAUUUUAGUUUUUAUGUAUACAAGAAACUAUUUAUGAUCAAUAAAGAGGAAUUAUUACAUUUUUGAAA